AUGUAUCAGCUGGAGAGCGUUCCUAGUUCAAGUUUGGUCCAUAACUCAUUAGUUGAUGAUCAGCUAGAUUGUGAUGCUAUGACAAUGGAUCCCAUCAACGGAGGGAACAGUCUCAACAACAACCCUAAUCUUGCCUCAAAGCAACGAUUGCGUUGGACUCAUGAGCUUCAUGAACGCUUUGUUGAUGCUGUGGCUCAGCUUGGUGGGCCAGAUCGGGCUACACCUAAAGGUGUUCUCAGAGUCAUGGGCGUGCAAGGCUUAACAAUAUACCAUGUUAAAAGCCAUUUACAGAAAUAUCGACUUGCAAAAUACCUUCCCGACUCCUCAUCUGAUGGGAAAAAAGCGGACAAGAAGGAAACAGGGGAUAUGCUUUCCAAUUUGGAUGGUUCAUCUGGGAUGCAAAUUACAGAAGCACUCAAGCUGCAGAUGGAGGUGCAAAAGCGUCUACAUGAGCAAUUGGAGGUGCAGAGACAGUUACAAUUACGCAUAGAAGCCCAAGGGAAGUAUUUGAAGAAGAUAAUUGAAGAGCAACAACGAUUGAGUGGAGUUCUUGGAGAUGUGCCUGGCUCAGGGGUCUCUGCCCCAGUAUCAGGUGACAACUGCCCAGAAUCUGACAACAAGACAGACCCAGCAACCCCUGCCCCAACUUCUGAAUCACCCCUCCAAGACAAAGCUGCUAAGGAACAUGCCCCAGCAAAAAGCCUUUCAAUUGACGAAUCAUUCUCUUCUCAGCAUGAACCAUUAACGCCAGAUUCACGUUGCAAUACUGGUUCCCCGGCAGAGAGCCCUAGAGGGGAGAGGUCAAUGAAGAAGCAACGGGUAAGCAUGGGUAUGGCAUAUGGUAAACCAGAGAUGGUUCUUACACACCAGAUACUGGAGUCCAGCUUAAAUUCCUAUCCCCAACCACACACUGCCUUCCUGACUAGAGAGCAGUUUGAUCCUUCAUCUGGGUUAUCGAUGGGAAACGAAGAUCAAAUGGAGAAGGUUUCAGGCAGUGAUCUUUAG